CCCAGCCUUAACCCUAUACUACUGUAUCUGUGUAGUGUGAUUGUAAAUCUGUUACACCAGUGAUUUAUUACUCUAAUUUUUUAUAAUAAUAAAUACCAUAAGAUGUAUCGCGAAUCCUUUACCGAACUGUUGUACGGGAUCGGAAUAUUCAUAUUUUCGCAAAUAAUCUGUUACUGUUUAUUAUAUUUUCUUGGAUUACAUCCAAUAAACGGUAAGUAUUGGAACGGCAAAGUAGACUAUCGUCAUAAGAAGAAUCUAAAAUCGAUUGUGAAGGAAGAUGAUAAAGACGAUAAGGAUGAUAAACAGAAGCAUGUACAAUUUGAGAGAACUUUUCAAAUUUCAUCAGACAUAAACGUUCAGAAGGAAAAUCUCCAGCAAGCGACUCAGUCAAAGCCGGUGACAGAAAAAUUAGAGCCGAGAGAAACUCCAACGAAAUCAACAAAGAACGUUGUUGAAAGACACGUUAACAAAACGAAAGAAUCUAAAGAUGUUAAAGAAGGUACUCAAAUAGGUGGAGACAAAGAUGAAAGAAAUGUAUCGCUAUUGAUGCCGCUGGUACAAAAAUCCAAGUUGAGUUGGUCAAAUAUUCAGAUUCUUAUUGAUUCGUUGUUAAAACUACGAUUGGAUAACCCCGGGGAGGUCACCGAGUCGACUGGAGACCGCGCCGAUCUGGUAAAAUCGAUGAAGAAAAAACACAGCAAGAAGAAUAAAGCACUGUUUGAAAAGUACAAAGCCGGUUUGACUUAUCAGAACAAAUUAAAUGAACUUAGAACCAAAUUAAAAUCUGAACGGUCUAGGUUAACCGAUAGCUUUAAGCAACUUGAGAAGGCGCUCAAUGCCAAAGUAACUGAAGCACAAACUCUGCACACGUGUUGUCAAUACAUAUUUGAUGAUCAUGCGGCAGAAAAACAAGAAUUCGUCCGUCAAAUUAAACAACUGCAGACUAAGUCCAAUGCGGUUGGCGCGACUAUUCAUAAAAAGCAGGAAGAUCAAGGUUGGACGCAAGGACAUCAUCAGCAAAAAUUGUUAGCUCAGUGUAAGCAGCAAGACAUGAUGAUUGCUGAGAUUGACAGUAUUAAAAGCUUGUUGAAGUCGCAAUUGACACAAAAACAAAUGAAAUUUGAUCAACUCCAGGGUAAUCACAUAACUGUUACUCAGGAUCAAACGGCUACGUGUGAUUCCAGCUCAAAUAAAAUUGAAAUGCUGAAACAGCAGUUUGGCAUGAUGCAGGAACAGUUUAUGCACUUGGAAAGACGAUUGCAGAGCUUAUGCGGGUUCGAAGUGAAUUGUUUGGAAAUAGUACGACAACUUAAAGAGUUGCAUCAUGCAAUCACUAAUCUUGACCAUCUUUCUAAAAACCCUCAUCGCCAUGAACAGGAAUUGCAGAAUGGCGAUAAAAAAUCAAGUGCCGUUCAUCUGGAAAUGAUACAAAUCCAGGAAGAGAACGAACGACUUGAAGACAUGCAGCGAACGCAAAAAAAUGGCCAGAUUGAUGAUUUGCAGAGCGAUUUGAUCAAAGCUAAAGUCGAAUCUCUACAACGGGAAGCAAGUAACCACUCAAGUUUUACUGAACGGCUUCAGGAUGACUUGGAGGCUCUGCGAUUAAAGAACAACAAUGAAGCUAUCGGAGCUUGUAGUAGUCUCGAUCAGUCUGUGAACGGACCUUCAUCGGAGUGCAUAAAGCCAGAGCAGGUGAGAACGACCACCCUGUUACCUGGAAUGGAUGAAACCCUUAUCACGAACUUGGAAUCCGAAAUCUGUUCCAUAACCAGCAUCAAACCGGCUAUCGAGUCACAGCAAGAUUUAAACUGUAACUCAUUUAUCUUCGGAUUAAAUUCCGAUAAUCUUCAUACGUCAACUUAUGCCAGAGAUGUUAAUUACGAUCCACAACAAAAAAGACGCAAGAAAAACAGGAAAAUAAAUAAAAGCAAUACAAAAUAAAAAAUACGGCCAAACUUUUUAUUGAUCCAAGUGUUGCGGAAAGUAUUACUGGCUCGAUUAAAUUUUAAAAUGACAGUUGGUGCAUCUUUGCUUUUGGUAAAUUGAUUGAGGAUUUUUUUCUUUUUCUUUUCCUUCAUUUUUUCAUAUCAUUUUUGUCUUAUGUUUAUCCUACAAUUAGAGCCUCUAAAUUAAUUAAACAUAGCAGGAUGUAUAAAUGGAAGUAUAAAUCAAUUAAUUGAAAAAAAAAAAUUUGAAUUUAUUUUACUGAGUAGAAAAAUAAAAUAAAUUUUAAGACAAAUCAAAAACUUAAUGGUACGAAAUUGAAAUUUUUUAUGGGAUAUCUCAUAUAUAUAUUAUAUAUUUAUAUAUAUGUAAACAAAAGAGAGAAAUUAUAUAUAUUAAAAUUUUUCAAUGCCUCUUGUAUCGCCUAUUUGUAUUUAAAUCAGUAACGAUGUGCUCAACUUUUUAUAUCGCUUGUCAAAAAAAAAAAUA